AUGUCCUCCCUAGCCGAAGUCCUCAAGAACGGCGAAUCCUCCAAGAUCGACCUAUCCACACCAAAAGCAGCGCAAUACCUAGACCAACUGACGACCUACCCACUGAACCAACUGCUCUCUGAACCCACGAACCUCUCCUCGACCUCAUCCCAACUCACCAACGCCUUGACCAACCUCUGCACCUCAUCAUAUCCGACAUUUCUCUCGCUGCAUACCACAACAUCAGACCUGACAUCCACAUUAUCAUCCUUUUCCGGCACUCUCGACGGACUGCUGCAAGACCUGCCUGACCUCGAAACCUCUGCGCGCUCUCUGUCGGCAGAGAUCACAGGCGUACAAGCCGAACGCCGGCGCGCGGCCCUCGUGCUUGAACACAGCGCCAAACUUCAAGACGUCCUCGAGAUCCCGCUCUUAGCCGAAGCAUGCGUGCGGAACGGGUACUUCCAAGAAGCACUCGAUCUCGCCGCACACGCCGCAACACUCGCAACCCGCUUUCCAACUGUGUCCGUCAUCAAAGAUGUCCGGCUCGAGGUCGACGCAGCAGUUCGCACCCUACUCGCACAACUCCUCUCCAUGCUCCGCGAACCCGCUAAACUACCGCAACUAUUCAAAGCCGUCAACUUCCUCCGACGCAUGCAAGUCUUGCCCGAACAUGAACUGGCGCUCGCAUUUCUCACAGGAAGGCUUGAAACGCUCGAGCUAGCUCUACAAGCGGUGGCGCUGGAGAAGAAGGGUGUUGAUAAGGAUAGGGAGAAAGAGGCAUGGGUGCGAUAUAUGAAGCGCUACGUCGACGCCUGGCGAGAAGGCGUACACGACAUCGUCACGCAGUACACCGCCAUAUUCCUCGACCGCGCCGUCCCCUCCGAAGCCGAAUCCCUCCAAACGCUUCUACCCGCCGCGACAGCGCAUCUGCUCGGUCGAUUGCUAGAGGAACUCGAAGAGGCGUUACCGAAGAUCGCGGACCCUACGGCGCUCAACUCGUUGCUUACGCAGUUGACGUACUGCGCUACGUCCUUUGCACGCGUCGGACUGGACUUUCGAUCUUUGCUCCCUCCGCUAUUUGCUGGUGCUGUCGCGCGUACAGUGUCUGCCGAUGUCGCUGCUGCGAAAGAUGCGUUCACCCGGACGCUCGAGACGAAAAAGAGCAGGCCGGCACGAUCAUGGCUAUUCUCCGGCACCGGCGCACCGGUGCAUCCUCCCACAAACGUACUGGACUCUCCACCACAUAUACCGCCCGCCGUACUUGCAUCAUACCCGCCUCUGGCGAACUAUGCCAACGCGCUCCUUACAACGCUCAACUCCCUCCGCUUACUCGCACCCAAAUCCAUUCUCUCUGAACUGAGCCGCACGCUCGAUACAGCGUUAGCAAAUUCCGCUGUCACGCUACUGGAGUAUGCGAAGGGUCUUGGAGAAGGUGAAGAUGGGGAGGUUGUCAAGGUCGCGGGGGAGACGUUCGUAAAGGUUUUUGUGCCGUUUGUGAGGAGGGCGUUGUUGGAGGGUGUUUAUGGCGCGCCGGUUGGAAAUGCGGGGAUGGAUGAGGCACUUUCGAAAGCGCUGGAUGAUUGGGAGGGGUGGCUGCGGCCUGAUGCAGGCUUGUCGAAUGGCACGUCAGAGGCGGUCGAGCAGGGGUACACAUGA